GUUUAGCCAUGACAUUAUCCAUCUCUUAGUCGAACUUAAAAAAGAAAUUAUAUCCAAGUAGACGUACCGGAAACUAAAAAGAUCUCCUGCCCUAGGCUAGCUCUAUAAGGCUAAGAAUCUCAAAGCUAAACCAUCACUAACCAGCUUGACAAGUGACGGCUCGAAUCCGCUCGAUCAAAAUCACAACUACCACUACCACUACAACCACAACUACAACUACAAUUAGUCCUACUCCGCUCACGAUUUACUAAAUAUUUCUUAUUCAGCAGUUCAGAUAAACUUGACUUAUUAUUCCAUCUACACUCUUGCUUGCUUCUUUUUAUCUUUGCCGGCUUUCCAACCUUUGUGCUUCUUAUCUUAUACUCCUACAGUUAUCCUAUCAUUUGCCUUACCAAACUUCGAGAAGCUCACCUGCCCUGUUGUGUACCUCGUUCCUCCUUCCACACUUCCACAAGCCUUUACACCGGGCGAAACCCUAAGCAAAAAGUUAGAGCAAGCAGACAUCGCAUUGUUACAGCCUGCUGCUUUCUUCCUUUGCUCCUCCCACCACCCCGUCAACAUCAUCGAAACAUUGAUCUUAAACUUUGCUCACGAAACGCACCCUACGAUUCUGCAUAUCUUAUACUUGGAAUCUUCACAUCCAAUCUGAUCAACAGAAACACAGAGUCAAUUGGGUUCAUUUUUGCCUUUGGUUUAUGGACCUAGAGCUUUUUUCUGGAUUCUAAAACCCUAUAUAGCUACAGAAAACUUCUGAUUCAAAUCGAGAAAAAAAAAGUCUCACCAGAAUUAGUCGGCCAUUUCCCCUCCAAUCUCCCCUCUGUGUAAUUCAGCCUCAUUCCGAUCGAACAAUUAUAUCGGAAUAGCCGCGCUCAAUUCAAAUUCUUGGAACGAAUCUGCUGGUCGUUUUCACCAUUUUUCGCCGCUCAAAAUAACCUACAUACACAAAAGACCUGUGGUUAGCAAGAAAGCCACUCAGGUAACGCAUCGAUUGCCUCACUUUGAGACCUUUCAAAGGACAGUCGACAGCAAUCGAUCGACUGUAUAUAUAUAGCCACGGGCCAUAUAAUACACAUUCAACUUCUUUGAUAAUUCGAUCCUCGGUCGUCCAAUCUUACCUGGAGCAAUCUGGAAAACUCAAAUCCUGUCUUUCAGCCGCACACCAAUUAGCCGUUCUACCUUUUCAUCCUCAUAAUCGAUUUGCAUUCCGGCCAGCGCUCAAGCAACACCAAAGAAAUAGUACAGAAAUACUCGAGCUGAGGGAGAUUCGUAGAUGCUUAGGUGAACAGGUGUUACAGUAGCACAAACGUCGGAACCGGAAGAGCACGAUAUCAUUCCACGCAUGUUUCCGAGCAUCUAAUCUGUUCAGAUUCGAGUAAAAUAUUCCCAGAUCUUACAAUGGAGGGUGCGGAAAGUGGCAGUAGGUCAAGUGGCAUCCUCUCCAUCAUGAACCGUGAACAUAUCGAGCGCAUAAAUACCGACACGAGAUAUAUGCAAUCAAAUCCAAUGGCUGCACCACCGACUGCCAGUCCUGCGUCCGCUCACUACUCAAACGGUGCACCAUACUCCGCAGGAUGGCCCAGUACUUCUCAUGGCGGUUUAAUAUCUCCUCCAGAGUCGCGGAGGACGUCCAACGACAAAGCGCACCCGCAUCCAUUGCAGACCAACACUCAUCGGCAAUCUUUACCAUCGAUACAGGAAGCUCUGAGCAGCACUGCUAGCAAGCCUGGUCCUUAUGCUUCACCUGUAUCCGCAUCUGCACCGCCGUCGCAUCCGCAGAAUUCCUAUGCACAAUCGCAAGUGCUUCCACCACCACGAACGCAUGAGCAGGUCGGAGGAUUUCAAUCAUCUCAGUCGCGGCAACCUUCACCCCCAAUGCCUAUUCAACCGCCGCCUUUCUCUCGCCCAGAAUUGGAUUCAAGGAGCUUCGCGGAACCAAGGAGACCAUCAUCAUUGUUACAUCCUUCAAUCCCACAAUCUUUACCUGCAAACUCUUAUGCAGCGCCUAGAUAUGAGGCCUCCAGAUAUGAACAGGAGCCAAGAGCCAGCGAGAGAUUUGUUGAGAGGCCAGCGAAUGACUAUGGCCAGCCAUCUCCUUUACACAAUCAACAUCCAUAUGGAAACGCUCCAGCGCAACCGUUCCACCCUUCUCAUCCCCCACCUCAUGGGCAAGGUUACCCUCAACCACCUUAUCCACCACGAGAUGAGAGAGAUUUAGGCGGUGCCGGGUACAAGAAUUAUAAGACUCAACCAGAGCCAUUCAAUCAGGGUUUGAAGCGACAGCUUGAGGUGUGGGACGUAGAUAAUAAUUUGGCUCAAAUCAACGUUUCUAGCACUACUUUACAGGACUGGUCACGCCAUUUCCACGCAAUAAGUCAAGAACAACCGCGCUCUCACAUUACAAUUCCGGAAAGAUCACCUGACCGCAAGGCCAUUGAAGAAAUGUUGGUUCACGGUAAUCGAGUUGUAUCUUGCCUUCACCGCAUGUUAGAUACUGCUGUACAGCAGCAGCAUGCAGCCGACGAGCAAUCUCGCGGUGCCAGAUUAGCUACUGAUUACGAUGAUGAGAGCAUGUAUGGCGAUGACAGACAUCAUCAAAACUUUGGUGGACCAGAUAAUAAGAAACGUCGAGGACGCGCUGCUCCACCAGGAAGAUGUCACAGCUGUAACAGAGCAGAGACUCCGGAAUGGCGAAGGGGGCCAGAUGGAGCCCGUACGCUUUGCAACGCAUGUGGGUUACAUUAUGCGAAACUUACCCGCAAAAACACGAUGAAGCAGUCACAAGGUUCAACCGGAUCAUCACUUCGACCCAAAUCUUCGGAGGAUCAUUCACCACGGUCAUAGCCUUUAUCAGCAGUACCUACUUAGUGAAAGACAUAUUACCAAAGCACAAUUUUAAUGUAUAAAGUAUUCAGCGUUACAGAGCAUGAAAAUCUCUCGCGAUCGUCAUCAUGGAGUUACGGAGAGUUUUGAUCGGAGGAUCACGGGAAUAGGAAAAGUCGCAUAACUACACGUCUUUUAGGGCGUAGAGAACGCAUAUUGGUUUUGUUUGAGGGUCACGCAUACCAGGGGCAUUUUGGCAUAUUGGUACACGUUCAAAGAGAGGGUUUUAUUUAGUUUUGGUAGCGGAAGCAUAUGAAAAUUCUGCUUCCAGGCGUUUUGGUUUGAUUUUGAUAGCUACGGCUAUGGGUACAACGAGUUUUGAGACUCUGGUUUGGCAUCUGCAUAAGAUGGCGUUUUUUUAUAUUCCCAAUUACCAGAUGUGGAUUUUUGAGUAGCACUGAAAUAUGUGAUUGGCUCGGAUCAUGGGAUCUGGAUUUGGGCUGCGAUAUCAUUUUAUACCAUUUUAUACCACUGUUUUAUACCUAUUGCUUAUCUCUUCUACAAUAUAUGAUUUUAGCACUCAAUUUCUGGAAAACACGCACGCUAUGUUGUUGGAUUUCUUUUCAGGGGAGUCAUCGUGUGGAUACCUGGUAUAUUCCUUAGGGCCGAGUUGGGCUCACGGUGGAGGCGGGAAUGAAGCCAAGGAAGGGCACACGUUGUGGAAUAGGCUAGGUUGGCUUUGAUACUUCAAGAAUUAAGAGAUUCGACAGCAGGGGGGAAGUUCCAAAUCAAGCAAAAAGGCAUGCAUUUCAGCGGACGUUGUUCGGAGACACAACGUAGAAGUGGCUGGAUGGAAGGGACGGCUGAUCUUGCAUCUGAAUCUGAUCUGAUCUAACUCUGAUCCUAAGCCCUCAUUUGCUUGUCAGAUGAGGGGUCCACGGAUCGCAGAUGGUCUUAGCGGUGUACAAAUAUUUUUAAAUUUAGUUAAAAUGACAUAAGCUGGGAUAAAUCAGGAGAUAGUAUUGGACAGAGAAAGACAAGACGGCAAUGAAAGAAAUUAAGAUAACAUUUACA